CAUUAUUUCCUCCCCCGUCUGUUAUCUCAUUGUUCCCGGUGCCUGUCCCUCCCCCGCCUGUUAUCUCAUUGUUUCCCGGUGUCUCUCCCCUCCGUGCGUCAGGUGUAGCCUCUCUCCUGCGUGUGUGAGUCUCCCCCUCCCGCGUCCUGAGCUGUCAGCUGAUUGUUUCUCUCCUAUCCCCCCCUUACACACAGACACCACCAUCUCUCCUCCCCUCUCUCCUGCAGCCAGCUGCUUUCUUCUGUCUCUCUCUCUGGGAUCGGACUUAUCAGCAACCCGGGCACAGGAUGGCACCAAGCGGGCUCAAGGCUGUAGUGGGAGAAAAGAUCAUGCACGACGUGAUCCGUAAAGUGAAGAAGAAAGGCGAAUGGAAGGUGCUGGUGGUGGAUCAGCUCAGCAUGCGCAUGUUAUCUUCGUGCUGCAAGAUGACAGACAUCAUGACAGAAGGAAUUACAAUUGUUGAGGAUAUUAAUAAAAGGAGGGAACCGAUCCCUAGUCUGGAAGCUGUGUAUUUGAUCACACCAUCUGAAAAGUCUAUUCACUCACUCAUCAGUGACUUCAAAGAUCCUCCUUCAGCUAAAUACCGAGCAGCUCACGUCUUCUUUACUGACUCCUGCCCGGACACCUUGUUUAAUGAGCUGGUCAAAUCUCGAGCGUCUAAAGUUACUAAGACCCUGACGGAGAUAAACAUUGCUUUCCUCCCGUAUGAGUCCCAGGUUUUCUCCUUGGAUUUUCCUGAUUCCUUCCACAGUUUUUACAGCCCUCAUAAAGCUCAAAUGAAGAAUCCUAUCUUAGAACGACUUGCAGAGCAAAUUGCUACCCUUUGUGCAACCCUUAAGGAGUAUCCUGCAGUGCGCUACCGUGGAGAUUAUAAGGAUAACGCAAUGCUUUCACAAUUGAUCCAAGAUAAGCUAGAUGCUUAUAAAGCUGACGACCCAACCAUGGGGGAGGGUCCGGAUAAAGCUCGCUCACAGCUCAUCAUCCUCGAUCGGGGAUUUGACCCAACCUCCCCGGUUCUUCAUGAGUUGACUUUCCAGGCCAUGAGUUAUGAUCUCCUACCUGUAGAAAACGAUGUCUACAAGUAUGAGACCAGUGGUAUAGGAGAUAACCGAGUGAAAGAGGUUCUUCUAGAUGAAGACGAUGACCUGUGGGUGACCUUGCGUCACAAGCACAUUGCAGAAGUCUCACAGGAGGUAACUCGUUCUCUCAAGGAUUUUUCUUCCAGCAAGAGGAUGACCACUGGGGACAAGACCACAAUGAGGGAUCUUUCUCAGAUGCUUAAAAAGAUGCCACAGUACCAAAAGGAGCUGAGUAAGUAUUCUACUCACCUGCACCUCGCUGAAGACUGCAUGAAGCAUUACCAGGGUACAGUGGAUAAGCUUUGCCGUGUGGAACAGGAUUUGGCGAUGGGCACUGAUGCUGAGGGAGAAAAGAUCAAGGAUCCCAUGAGAGCCAUUGUUCCUAUCUUACUUGAUGGAAAUGUCAGUACUUACGAUAAGAUUCGCAUUAUCCUCCUUUACAUCUUCCUGAAGAAUGGGAUUACUGAGGAGAAUCUGAACAAACUGAUCCAACAUGCCCAGAUUCCUCCUGAAGAUAGUGAGAUUAUCACCAACAUGGCUCAUCUGGGAGUUCCCAUUAUCACAGAUUCCACUCUCCGUCGCAGAAGCAAACCAGAUCGCAAGGAGAGGAUUAGCGAACAGACUUAUCAGCUGUCUCGAUGGACCCCAGUUGUCAAAGAUAUUAUGGAGGACACUAUUGAAGACAAACUGGAUACAAAGCACUACCCGUACAUCUCCACCCGCUCUUCGGCUUCCUUCAGCACAACAGCUGUAAGUGCUCGCUAUGGACACUGGCACAAGAACAAGGCACCUGGAGAAUACCGUGCAGGACCGCGUCUGAUUAUCUUUAUCCUGGGGGGAGUGGCUCUUAGUGAAAUGCGAUGUGCGUAUGAGGUGACACAGGCCAGCGGCAAAUGGGAGGUUCUGAUAGGUUCCACUCACAUUUUAACACCCAUCAAAUUUCUUGGAGACCUUAGACACCCAGACUUCAGAGACAGCAGUCGGGUGUCAUUCGAGGAUCAGUCUCCAAUCAUCGAGUGAGGGCUAACGAGCUGGGACAAAAAGCUCCACUCACGUUCUCACCCCUCAGAAACUCCUGGAUGCUCUCAAGAAAUUGAACAAGACAGAUGAUGAGAUCAGCAGUUAGAUCAUUUCUGCCACCCUGUUAUAGCCUGUAUCCUCCCCAGCCCUACCAUGAGACUCUACAUUCCCAAGACGAUUGAAGACUAAUAUUCUCCAGUUCAUUUAAUGUCUCACCAGCAGGAUGAGAGAAUCAUUUCUCUCCUUCCCGCCUUACCAUGACCACCUAUAUUUUGCCUCUGAAGUAGGCUUGUUGACGUUAAAGCAUGGAUGUACUUUGAGUCACUUUGUACUCUACUAUUCUUCUAACCUAAAUUGUGGACACUGAACCUACCUCCCUGUUUGUUCUGGAAAUUGUGCUCACCCCAGUGCAUUCUGGGUCUUUUACUUUGGACUCCAGCAGUGCAUAAUUGGUCAUGACUCCUGGAUCACUCCAUAUUGCACACUCUGUGUAGUGGAUUCUGAGUGAUCUGUUUCAUUCCACUUAUCAUGCAUUGUAUACUGGUAGAUCUCUUAUUUUACAUUCCAUGCAAUGCAUUCUGGGUGAUCUCAUGCUUCAUUCCUUGCAAUGCAUUUUGAAUGUUGUUUCCUACAUUUCUUCACAUUCCUGACCCAAUUCAAUGUAACUGGGCUAUGCACUUUACAUUUCUCAUCAUCAACUCAUUCCUUGUGUCCAUCAUCCUUCUUAAUUAAUUCAUUCAGGCAAUAUAUAUUUAUUUUGUCCCCCCUGCAAUACACUUGAAGUUUGACCAUCAACAUAUUUCCUUGACCAAAAAUUCCAGACUUUCUGGGUUGUAAACCCCUGCUAAUCACAUCAAGCACAACCUAGUACAGGACGUAAAGCAGAUUAUGUCACCGCUCAUAUUGCAACAUAAUCACAAUGCUUUAGAAUUGGUUCCGCCAAUACUUCCUAGCAUACUGAGUGCACUGCAUAUUCCUUAAAUUCAUUCCCAACUUAUCUGUUUCACAAAUGUGUGGUUUUAGGUCUCUUUUGCCGUUUCCAGUUCCCGAGUUGUACUGUUGACUUGAACGCUUGCAUCCCUGUUCCGUGUAAGGGCCUAGGUGUCUGAAUUUGGUUCUGUUCCGUAUAUUUAUUUAUAUAUAGAGAGAGAAAAGGAUAUUUAUGUUUGUAGGUAGGAGGAGAGAGGCUGAAGUCUUAAACACUUAUCUGCUGCUAUCUUGUAUCCUUGAUGUGAACUUAGCAAGCUAUCUACUAUUUACAGAAAGUAACAGAAAUAAAUGUCCCUGCUAAAAUCUAUGUUAAUCCAUAAAGGAGGGUGAAGGAGGCCAUUUUGUGAAACAGAAAACAAGAAAGUAUCUGUUUUGCUGCCUCAAAAUGGCAUCCUUUUGUAGUGUGGUAAAUUGCUGCCAAAUGUUCUAUUUUGAAGCCCCAUUUAAAUUAUUUAUAUUCAAAAAGGGUCAUCUAUAAAAAUGAAGCUUUUGUUAUCUUUAUCUUAUAUUUUCUUUGCUUUUCCUCUAGUGGCAAGAAGAGGUUAUAUUAUUAAUACGUUAAUACAAAGUUAUAGGUGAAAUACCAUAAUCCAUUGUUUCUGAUACUACUUUCAGCCUCGCACCUCUCUCCUAGUAACAGUCGUUAUGUGAUCUGUACGUCUUAUGCCUGCAAAUAAUAAAGAAUUAAGGACAUAUGAUAAAACAAA